AGUGCUGCAGAUUUGUGCGUUAGGGAAAAAAAUAAAUAAAAAAUAGAUAUCAUGGCAGCGAGUGGGGGUUGCAGCAGCAGCUUCUUAACAUUGUCUUGUGCAGGUGCGGCGCAAAAUCAACACGCGUCACACCCUAGAACGUUUUUUGGAGUUCCUCACAAGAAUCAGAGAAAGAGGAAAACACCGCAUAGGUUAGUUGUGGUUGCGGUGACUCAAGGCUCUGCUGAAUCAAGCAAGUCCGACGAAAAAAUCCCUUCGUGGGCCAAACCGGACUCCGAUGAACCACCGCCAUGGGUCCGGGAUGAGCCCAACAACAAAAACAGCAACAAUUCGCAACAAGAAGAAGAAUUUGAGAUCCCCUUCUAUGCUUAUUUGCUUGCCUCUGCCAUCACUGCAAUUGCCGCUAUAGGUUCCAUUUUCGAAUAUGUGAACCAAAGGCCGGUCUUCGGAGUAUUAAGCUCCGACAGCGUGUUUUAUGCUCCCUUGCUUGGUUUCUUUGUCUUCACCGGCAUUCCCUCCUCGGUAAUUAUUGAGAAGUUCAAAGUGAAGUUAAUGAAAUCAAUUCAGCAUUUUCGAACUAGUUAUAGUAGCUUGUUGAUUAUGUCUUAAUGUUUAAUUCAGGCUUUUCUGUGGUUCAAGUCUGUUCAAGCUGCUAACAAGGAAGCGGAGGAACAAGACAAGAAGGAUGGUUAUUUAUAGGUUGCGAGUGCACUUCUGUGUUGAACACUCUUUCUUUGUUGUGUUGAUGUAAGUUAUUAUAUAUGAGGAAUGCUGAAGCACCAUGCCAUUGCGUGAUCAAGUGCAAAUGGUUUGUGCUGUUAUCAAGUAAAUCAUAUGAAAAUGCUUGACUUCCUCCCCCCUCUAUCAUUACAAUUCGCACCAAGGGUUACUUUCAUAUC